UCCCCGCGCAGCGCGGCGGUGUUUUGCGGCCUGUGCGAGUCGGCGCUUUGGGACCAUUCUCCCGGAUAGCGGCGCGCAGAAACCUCGAACCGGUGGAGCCCACUCGUAACCUGGAUCCCGGAAGACUGCGAAGACAGUGCCGUUUCCUGAGCGGCGGACUGCUGCAGUAAGAAUGUCUUUUCCCCCUCACUUGAAUCGCCCUCCAGUGGGAAUCCCAGCACUCCCACCAGGGAUCCCACCCCCACAGUUUCCUGGCUUUCCACCACCCGUGCCUCCAGGGACCCCAAUGAUUCCUGUACCGAUGAGCAUUAUGGCUCCUGCUCCAACUGUCUUAGUACCCACCGUGUCCAUGGUUGGAAAGCAUUUGGGAGCAAGAAAGGAUCAUCCAGGCUUGAAGGCUAAAGAGAAUGAUGAAAACUGUGGUCCCACCACUACAGUUUUUGUUGGCAACAUUUCUGAGAAAGCCUCAGACAUGCUUAUAAGACAGCUCCUUGCUAAAUGUGGCCUAGUUUUGAGCUGGAAGAGAGUACAAGGUGCGUCUGGAAAACUUCAAGCCUUUGGAUUCUGUGAGUAUAAGGAACCAGAGUCUACGCUCCGUGCACUCAGGUUAUUGCAUGACCUGCAGAUUGGAGAGAAGAAGCUACUUGUUAAAGUUGAUGCAAAGACAAAGGCACAGCUAGAUGAAUGGAAAGCAAAGAAGAAAGCUUCUAAUGGGAAUGCCAGGCCAGAAACUGUCACUAAUGAUGACGAAGAAGCCUUAGAUGAAGAAACAAAGAGAAGAGAUCAGAUGAUCAAAGGGGCCAUUGAAGUUUUAAUACGGGAAUACUCCAGUGAGCUCAAUGCCCCCUCACAAGAAUCUGACUCUCACCCCAGGAAGAAGAAGAAGGAAAAGAAGGAGGACAUCUUUCGCAGAUUUCCCGUGGCCCCACUGAUCCCUUAUCCACUCAUCACUAAGGAGGAUAUAAAUGCUAUAGAAAUGGAAGAAGACAAGAGAGACCUGAUAUCUCGAGAGAUCAGCAAAUUCAGAGACACACACAAGAAACUGGAAGAAGAGAAAGGCAAAAAGGAAAAAGAAAGACAGGAAAUUGAGAAAGAACGGAGAGAAAGAGAGAGGGAGCGUGAAAGGGAACGAGAAAGGCGAGAACGGGAACGAGAAAGGGAAAGAGAACGUGAACGAGAAAAGGAGAAGGAACGGGAGCGGGAACGAGAACGGGAUAGGGAUCGUGACCGGACGAAAGAGAGAGAUGGAGACCGGGAUCGAGAGCGAGAUCGGGACCGCGAUCGAGAAAGGAGCUCAGAUCGGAAUAAGGAUCGGAGUCGAUCAAGAGAAAAGAGCAGAGAUCGCGAAAGGGAACGGGAGAGGGAAAGAGAAAGAGAGAGAGAACGGGAACGAGAGCGGGAGCGGGAGCGAGAGAGAGAGAGAGAAAGGGAACGGGAGCGUGAGCGAGAGAAAGACAAGAAGCGAGAUCGAGAAGAAGACGAAGAAGAUGCAUAUGAACGAAGAAAACUUGAAAGAAAGCUCCGAGAGAAGGAGGCUGCCUAUCAAGAGCGCCUUAAGAAUUGGGAAAUCAGAGAACGAAAGAAAACCCGGGAGUAUGAAAAAGAGGCUGAAAGAGAAGAAGAAAGAAGAAGAGAAAUGGCAAAAGAAGCUAAACGACUAAAAGAAUUCUUAGAAGACUAUGAUGAUGAUAGAGAUGAUCCCAAAUAUUACAGAGGAAGUGCUCUUCAGAAAAGAUUGCGUGAUAGGGAAAAGGAAAUGGAAGCAGAUGAACGGGAUAGGAAGAGAGAGAGGGAAGAGCUGGAGGAAAUCAGGCAGCGCCUUCUGGCAGAAGGGCACCCGGAUCCAGAUGCGGAGCUUCAGCGGAUGGAACAAGAGGCUGAGAGGCGCAGACAACCACAGAUAAAGCAAGAACCAGAAUCUGAGGAAGAGGAAGAAGAAAAGCAAGAAAAAGAAGAAAAACGUGAGGAACCCAUGGAAGAAGAAGAGGAGCCAGAGCAAAAACCUUGUCUCAAACCAACUCUGAGGCCCAUCAGCUCUGCCCCAUCUGUCUCCUCUGCCAGUGGCAAUGCAACUCCCAACACUCCUGGGGAUGAGUCUCCCUGUGGUAUUAUUAUUCCUCACGAAAAUUCGCCAGAUCAACAACAACCUGAAGAGCAUAGGCCAAAAAUAGGACUAAGUCUUAAACUGGGUGCUUCCAAUAGUCCUGGUCAACCUAAUUCUGUGAAAAGAAAGAAGCUCCCGGUAGAUAGUGUCUUUAACAAAUUUGAGGAUGAAGACAGUGAUGAUGUACCCCGGAAGAGGAAACUGGUUCCCUUGGAUUAUGGUGAAGAUGAUAAGAAUGCUGCCAAAGGCACUGUAAACACGGAAGAAAAGCGCAAGCACAUUAAAAGUCUCAUUGAGAAAAUCCCCACAGCCAAGCCGGAGCUGUUUGCCUAUCCCCUGGAUUGGUCUAUUGUGGAUUCUAUAUUGAUGGAAUGACGAAUUAGACCAUGGAUUAAUAAAAAAAUCAUAGAAUACAUAGGUGAAGAAGAAGCUACGUUAGUUGAUUUUGUUUGUUCUAAGGUUAUGGCUCAUAGUUCACCUCAGAGCAUUUUAGAUGAUGUUGCCAUGGUACUUGAUGAAGAGGCAGAAGUUUUUAUAGUCAAGAUGUGGAGAUUAUUGAUAUAUGAAACAGAAGCCAAGAAAAUUGGUCUUGUGAAGUAAAACUCUUUGACAUUAAGAGUUCCAUUUCAGAUUUCUUCUUUCCCAUCCUUCAAAGGACUUUAAUUUGUUUUUUUGUCUUCAAAGACAUUUGUGAGAUCUGUAAUUUUUUUUUUAAUGUAGAAAAUGUGAAUUUUUUUGUC